AUGUCCAGCACUACGUUAAAGAGUAACGGCGACAAGAUGCAGCCUUGUCGUACACCAGCUUUAACAGAAACCUUAUCGCUAACUGAGUUCCGAUACGCCUUUGCAUGUGAGUGCUUUCCAAAUGGUAGUGUGGACAAGUGUGUUGACAGCUUUUUUAAAGUCGAUGAAGACCAGAUUCUGUUUGCCUUAAUUGCUGCUGCUGCCGCACGUCCUGGUGGCUUAUAUGGUGGCUUAGGUCAUGGAGGUUAUGGUGGCUAUGGAGGCAUUAGUUAUGCCGCUCCAGCUGUAAGUUAUGCCGCCCCAGCUGUGAGUUAUGCAGCACCUGCUGUCAGCUAUAAAGUAGCAGCAGCCCCUGCUAUUUCCUAUGCUGCUCCUGCUGUUUCCUAUGCCGCUCCUGCUGUUUCCUAUGCAGCUCCUGCUGUUUCCUAUGCGGCUCCUGCUAUUUCCUAUGCUGCUGCCGCUCCUGUUGUUAAGGCUGUGGCUGCUGCUCCUGCUAUUUCUUAUGCUGCCCCAGCCAUUUCCUAUGCUGCCCCUGCUCCAGCUAUAGUUAAGGCUGUAGCCGCUCCUCAGGCCACCAGUUAUGCUUCCUUCAGCACUAUUGUAAACCAUGCACCCGCUGUGAAAGCUGUAGCCGUAGCAGCACCCGCCAUUUCUUAUGCUGCACCUGCCAUUAAAGUAGCUGCUGCUCCAGCCAUUUCAUAUGCUGCUCCAUCAAUUUCAUAUGCUGCUGCUCCUUCCUAUUCUUAUGCAGCUCCCGCCAUCUCCUAUGCUGCGCCCGCUGUUAAGGUAGCUGCUGCACCAGCCAUUUCCUAUGCUGCUGCUCCUGCCAUUUCCUAUGCCGCUGCACCCGCCAUCUCAGUAGGGUAUGGCCACGGCAUUGGUUAUGGUCAUGGUUUCGGCUAUGGUGGUGGUCAUGGUUACCAUUAA